AUGACACCUUCAGUGAAAAAGAAUGAUCAACCUACGCCAAAGCCAAAAAGUGAAGACACUGAGAAAAUGGAAAUGUCAGAAGAAGAUAAGCUUCUACAAGAAGAAUUAAACAUGCUAGUAGAAAGGUUACUUGAAAAUGAUGCAAGUCUUUAUCCAUUAGCUCUAGAAACAUUAAGUGCAAGGAUAAGAGCGUCAACCACAUCAAUGACCUCUGUUCCAAAGCCUUUGAAGUUCAUGAGACCGCAUUAUGACAAAAUGAAGAAAGUAUAUGAAAAAAUUACCAAAUCCGAAACUAAAGCUUUUUGUGCUGAUAUUAUUUCUGUAUUAGCUAUGACAAUGAGUGAAGAACGAGAAUGUCUUAAAUACAGAUUACUCGGAUCUUACACAAAUAUUGUUGAUUGGGGUCAUGAGUAUGUAAGGCAUUUGGCAGGUGAAAUUUCCGCAGAAUGGGCAAAUACCACUCCUGAAGAUCAAAAAUUAAGAGAACAGUUAAAAGUAUUAGCUAAAAAUAUUGUUCCUUACCAAAUGAAACACAAUGCAGAGGCUGAAGCUUGUGAUUUACUAAUGGAAAUUGAAUCAUUAGAAAUGCUAAAAGAAUAUGUGGAUGAAAAUGCUUAUCAAAGAGUUUGUUUGUAUCUCACGAGUUGUGUUCCGUACAUGCCAGAAGGAGGAGAACAUUUACUUCAAGUUGCUACUGAACUAUUUUUGCACUUUGGUCAGUAUCCUCAGGCUUUAAGAUUAGCUUUACAGCUUAAUAUUCAAAAAGAUAAUAAAGCUCAGAUUGAAAAAAUAUUUUCAUCUUGCCCCGAUCCAAGUGUUCAAAAGCAAUUGGCAUUUAUGUUGGGCAGACAGCAAAUUUUUAUUGAUAAAUCUCAGAACAUGGAUGAUGAUGAUGAUGAUUUAGUCGAGUUGAUGUCUAACUCACUUCGAAGUAAUCAAUUUAUCAACCUUGCCAGGGAACUAGAUAUUAUGGAAGCUAAAACACCUGAAGAUAUAUAUAAGUCUCACUUAGAAAACACAAGACCUCAUUUUGGAAGUGGUCAAGUAGAUUCUGCUAGACAAAAUCUUGCAGCUUCUUUUGUAAAUGGCUUUGUUAAUGCCGGUUUUGGUCAAGAUAAAUUAUUGAUAGAAGAUGGAAAUAAGUGGCUUUACAAAAACAAAGAACAUGGAAUGCUCAGUGCAACUGCUUCUUUGGGUUUAAUUUUGCUUUGGGAUGUGGACGGAGGAUUGACUCCGAUAGAUAAAUAUUUAUAUUCUGCAGAAGAUUACAUUAAAUCUGGAGCUUUAUUAGCUUGUGGAAUUGUUAACUGUGGUGUAAGGAAUGAGUGCGAUCCUGCUUUGGCUUUACUUUCGGAUUACGUUCUUCACAGCAGUAAUAUUAUGAGAAUUGGAGCGAUAUUAGGCUUAGGGUUAGCCUACGCUGGUAGUAAUAGACAAGUAGUUUUGAAUCUACUCUUUCCUAUAUUUAGUGAUCCAAAAUCUAAUAUGGAAGUCAUAGGGAUAGCAGCUUUAGCCUGUGGUCUCAUAUCUGUUGGAUCGUGCAAUCCUGAAGUUACAGAUACAAUUGUUCAAACAAUGAUGAUGCCACGGAGGGAAAGUGAUUUAAGAGAUACUUAUGCUCGAUUUCUUCCCCUUGGUGUAGGUUUAAAUUUAUUAGGAAAACAAACUGCUUGUGAAGCAGUCACAGCAGCUCUUGAAGUUACGCCUGAACCUUACAGAUCAAUGUCGACAACUCUUGUUCAAGUUUGUGCUUAUGCAGGUACAGGUAAUGUACUGAAAAUUCAAAAGCUUUUGCAUAUCUUAAGUGAACACUAUGAACCAUAUAAUGAAAAAGAAGAUACUAAGAAAGAUAAAAAAGAAAAAAUUGAUGAGGAUAAGAAAAAGGAGGAAAGGGAAAAAGACUUGAGCUCUCAGCAAGCUGUCGCAGUUCUUGGUAUUGCUCUAAUUGCUUUAGGAGAAGAUAUAGGAACUGAAAUGGCUUACAGAACAUUUGGACAGCUAUUAAGAUAUUGUGAACCAGUUAUAAGGAAAUCAGUACCAUUAGCUUUGGGUCUUAUAUCAGUAUCCAAUCCAAAAAUGAACAUAUUAGAUACCUUAAGUAAAUUUUCACAUGACAGCGAUAACGAAGUCGCUCAUAAUGCAAUAUUCAGUAUGGGAUUGGUUGGAGCUGGUACAAACAAUGCCAGAUUAGCUGCCAUGUUGAGACAGUUAGCUCAGUAUCAUGCAAAAGACCCUAAUAAUCUUUUUAUGGUUAGAUUGGCUCAAGGAUUGGUUUAUCUUGGAAAAGGCACACUCACUUUAUCUCCAUAUCACUCUGAUAGACAAUUGUUGAGUCCAGUUGCAUUGGCUGGUCUCCUUUCUUGCAUAAUCGGAUUCUUAGAUGUAAAAAACAUAAUUUUAGGAAAAUCUCAUUAUAUUUUAUAUUGCUUAGCUGCCGCUAUUCAACCUAGAAUGCUAGUAACAUUUGAUGAAAAACUCAGACAGUUAGCAGUACCAGUAAGAGUAGGUUUGGCUGUAGAUGUAGUUGGUCAAGCUGGAAAACCGAAAACAAUCACAGGUUUCCAAACACAUACCACACCUGUUCUCCUUUCUCAUGGCGAAAGAGCUGAAUUAGCCACAGAUGAAUACAUACCUCUAACACCUAUUAUGGAAGGAUUUGUCAUUCUAAAACCAAAUCCUGACUUUAAAAAGUGA